CACCGCCACCACGAUCCUCCUCCCACUUGCCGGUCCAGAGAGGCCAAGAUGGAUGCCGUGAUCUCCGAUGCUGGCAAUGUUGAUUUGAGAUCCUUGCCUCCUUCUGGGCGGGAUUUCAGCUGCGAUUUUGAAGUGGAUUAUGGAUCAAAGGAGCAUGCAACAAUUGUCUAUACUGCAUUGGCAGUUGAUAAGGAGUUGCAGCCAGACAAGGUCAAGAGGCAGGUGUCCAUUUCCGAUGGCAAGCUUCAAGUACACUUUGAGGCGGUGGAGGCUAGAUUUCUGCGCGCAUCAUUCAGUGCAUUUGUGGAUCUAAUGAUUCUUGCCACAAAAAUCAUUGAAGAAUUUGGCCAGAACAACAAAAAUUCUGAACAAAUAUGAUUUUAAUAAGCAGCAUUAUGUAUCACAAGUAGAACAGAUAAUGUAGGCAAUUCUCGUAUGUGUUGUUCCCAGAAACCCAAAUCUGGCAUAUUAUAUAUUGUUUUCUAAUCAAUGGCAGCUACUUGGAUUGGCUGCGCUUGGUCU